GCAGUCUGUCAACAACGCUAGCAACGGGUUUGUGUCGGCAGAGAGAAGAAAAUGCACACAUAAAGUUUGUCUUUUGGCUCUGUUUUCAAGGCUAGUAUUCACCCUCUGGAAGUGAUGUCCCAAGGAAAUGAGGCUAAAAUGAAGAGGACAUCUGCUGGCUUUUGUCCUUAUGGAUCUUCAAGUCGAUACACGUUUGGCCCCUCUGUUAGACUGGAGAAGGCAGGCUCUUGUGCGAAACAUUACCACUGUCUGCACAUACUUCUGCUGGCCAUGCUAUUGGCAGGUCAGGCUUCCUGUGUUGAGACCGCUGAUGCUCUCCCCACUGUUCCUCCAACAAACACACAGCCUUCAGUAUACUCCUUUUUUGUUGUCACUGUGGAUGUCAAUGAAGAGAAAGAUGAAGCGGAGAUAGUUGCCUGGCUUAAACAGGUGUUUGCAAACAAGCUGCACACCUGUCUGUCUCCAAACAUUGAAGAAACCACUGUCGCACCUACCUCCCCACAAACUACCUCUCCAUACACUUCAUAUGAAACAACACUCGUGAAGACAGCAACAUCAACAUUACAAAGCUAUAAUUCAACUACAGCUCUGGCAAUCACUAGGCUAAAGAGCAACAACCAUACUACAAAUGCUACAACUACAACGUUAAAAAGGGACACAACUACUGCAGCUGCAACAGUUACAGUAUUUAAAAGCAUCACCAGCACUCCAACUGAAUCAACUACGGAGUUAAAAAGUAUCACCAGAAGACCAGCUGCAUCAACCACAGCGUUAAAAAGCAUCACCAAAACUACAGCUGGAAUGACAGUCUUAAAAAGCAACACCCCAACUUCAGCUGGAACAACUUUGUUAAAAGGCCUCACUACAAACGAACCUGGAAGCACACUUUUUUUUAAAACAACAUUGGUAACAAAAGCCACUGGGAACCACAAAACAAAGAAGCCAAAACCAGAUAAUGGAAACAACAAGCGUCCAGUUCGGGAAAUUCGGGCCAGUGUGACAGAAAACAGUGCGACCAUCAGUGGCAUAACAUCUGAUCUAUUUCAAGAUCUUUGUGUUUCAUGCAUCAACAAGACUGCAAUAAGAGAGACCAACUGUUCUGUGUUGCUGAGGCUGAAGCAGAAGGUCCCUUUGUGUUGUAUCUUCCGUACGCUCUAUGAGGCCAGUCGUUCCUCCUCUGACAUCCAUGUGGUGGGAGCAAAUAAAACCGGUAUACCAGAGGACUGCAGUUGCAAUAAUACUGAUCAAGACGUUGAAUUAUGUGAAGACACUGGGACUGUGGCUCCUCUAGGCAACUCAACACACUGUGGGGCAGUUCAUAGCCCCUGCAACUGCUCUGCCUACUGCAAUGGAGUUGAGGCAUACUACACUUUUCGAUUUUCAGUACAAGAUUCCAAGAUGAACUUUUCAUACGUUUCGUCCAUGAUUUAUAGCCUGAGUAAACCAGAUUGCCCUUCAAGGGAAGACGAUUCAUGUCCAUUGUCCGUCAUUGCAUCAGAAUACAGGAACGCCAAUGUGACAUGUGGAAGCACAUCAACAAAACUUCAAAUAUGCAGAGUGACUUUACGCUUUGGCCAUGAGGUUCCUAUCUGUAAUUUGUCGAAUGCUGUGAUUCAUUUGUUUGAAUCUGAGCCAGGAAUACGUUACAUUGGAACCGUGACUCGAGCUGCCAUUUGUGGAAAUUCCUUCAGUGACAAUCCACUGAAUUCUAUCAGCAACAUCUGGUACCAAUUGAACCUACCUCCAGCUUACUUUUGCCCAACAAUAGUAGAGUCUAACCUCCUGACUUGUCAUGGCAGGAAAAAUAUACUUGUGGAGCUUAAAGAGUCGUGUGAUGUUGAGGCGUUUACACCCAGCCCGGAUGUGACAACCUCACAACCAAACACCUCCACCUCAUCUGUGAAUGUAACUUCAUCCACCUCAUCUGUGAAUGUAACUUCAUCCACCUCAUCUGUGAAUGUAACUUCAUCCACCUCAUCUGUGAAUGUAACUUCAUCCACCUCAUCUGUGAAUGUAACUUCAUCCACCUCAUCUGUGAAUGUAACUUCAUCUACUUCAUCUGUGAAUGUAACUUCAUCCACCUCAUCUGUGAAUGUAACUUCAUCCACCUCAUCUGUGAAUGUAACUUCAUCCACCUCAUCUGUGAAUGUAACUUCAUCCACCUCAUCUGUGAAUGUAACUUCAUCCACCUCAUCUGUGAAUGUAACUUCAUCCACCUCAUCUGUGAAUGUAACUUCAUCCACGCUGACAGCAACAUCUCCAGCUCUUAAUGCAACCCUCACUACUGCUAAUGUCCCCGAGUCAGCUGAAAGCCAAGCCAAUGCACUGCUUGAGUUGACCAAAGACAUGUCCAAGCUGAACUCCAGCCAGGUGCGUCAGCUGGUGUCAAAGCUGGAGAGACUUUUGUCGGGCCCAACGGUCAGCUUUGCUCUCGGAAACAUCUCCGUCCACAUUGUCAGCAAUCUGCUCGGUGCCACUCCUGAGGUGCUGUCCGACUCCUCCAACAGCAUUAUAGGGGUUGUUGAUACCGUGGGGUUGAAGCUGGUCCUUGAUGGAAAGGUUGAGAACCUCCUGUCCUCCGCUGUGGCUCUGUCUGUGAAACCAGCAGAUGGCAGCAACUUCCAGGAAACAGUUUUCUCCAUCUCAGACCCUAAGACUGUACAGGUCCGUGGGGGUCCCAGCAGGCCCAGCAGGAAGGUGAGAGCAGACCCCCCCCUCCCGCAGGGCUCAAUCAAGCUGCCCCCCUCCCUCACUGAGGACCUGACCAGCCAGGAGCAGCAGCUGGUCUCCAGAGUCCAGUUCAAUUUCUACCAGAAGGACACAGUUUACCAGGACAGCUCUUUGAGAGGCAAACGCAAACUCAACAGUGGGAUCCUGGGAGCGAGUGCGGCCAACCUGACAAUAAAGGAGCUCCAAGAUGAUGUUGUAAUUCAGCUGAAGAACACAGAGCCUGUUCCAGCUAAUUGUGUGGCUAUCUGCGUUUUCUGGGACUUCACAUUCAAUAACGACUCAGGGGGCUGGAAUCCAAGAGGCUGCUCUGUCCGAAAAAGCACAGACAACGAGACGGUUUGUGGCUGCAACCAUUUGACAAGUUUUGCUAUCCUGCUGGACCUCGCCAGACAGCCUCUAACCAGCCGUACGCAGGCCACCAUCCUAACGUUUAUCACAUAUAUUGGCUGUGGAGUGUCGGCCAUCUUCCUCUCUAUCACCCUCCUCACCUACUUGGCCUUUGGGAAGUUGCGUAAGGACAUUCCCUCUAAGAUCCUGAUCCAGCUGUGCCUGGCUCUGCUUCUGCUCAACUUGGUCUUCCUGGUGGACGCCUGGCUGGCUCUCUACCCGGAGGCUGUGGGCCUCUGCAUCUCCACCGCCUGGUUCCUGCACUACUUCCUGCUGGUGACCUUCACCUGGAUGGGACUCGAGGCCGUCCAAAUGUACCUGGCCCUGGUGAAAGUCUUCAAUAGCUACAUUUCCCACUACAUGGUGAAGUUCUCGCUCGUCGGCUGGGGCGUCCCGAUGAUUGUGGUCAUUAUUGUCAUCGCGGUUGACAAGGAUAACUACGGCCUUGUCUCCUAUGGAAGGUUUUCCGAUGGCACUAGUGAUGGAUUCUGCUGGCUGAAAAAUGACAUUGCUUUCUAUGUGUCAGUGGUGGCCUAUUUCUGCCUCAUAUUUGUGUUCAACUUCAUCAUGUUCGUGGUGGUGCUGGUCCAGCUGUGCCGGAUAAAGAGGCAGAACCCUCACAAUUUGCAGCACCGCAGCAUACUGCAGGACAUGCGCAGCGUGUCGGGGAUCACCAUCCUCCUGGGACUUACAUGGGGCUUCGCUUUUUUUGCCUGGGGGCCCCUUAACCUGCCAUUCAUGUACCUGUUUGCCAUCUUUAACUCCUUCCAAGGUUUCUUUAUAUUUAUCUUCUAUUGUGCGGGGAAGGAAAAUGUGAGGAAGCAGUGGAGGACCUUCCUGUGCUGCGGCAGAAUGAGGCUGGCAGAGAACUCAGAAUGGAGCCGCACUGCAACACAGAAGACCGCAACUAAGUCAUCAGUGAACAGAGUCACAUCUCUUCAUUCCUCAAACUCGUCCCAGUUCCACAACUCAUCCAGCUCUUCCUGUUUCCUGGUCAGCGACUCCUCAGAGCUCACUAAUGGCAUCAGUAGCCAAUUUGAAGACCAUGUGAUCACAGCAGAAGAAGGCUACAGUACGGAUGUCGUCCUCAACGAGAUCAACAUGCAGCACAGAAACCAACAAACGCCCUGAUCCAGACAGGACUUGACUGUUUUUCAUGGGUUUCUUAGGGCAAUUGUUGCCUUUAUUGAUACAGAUGGAUUGGAAAGGGGGAGAGAGGGGGGGAGACAUGCAGCAAAGGUCCGCAGGUCGGAGUCGAACCCCUGCAAAGAGCACUCAGCUUAAUCUCUACCGGGUUCGCUUUGGGCAGCCCAGAACUGAAUAUUGAAAGGCUCUUAUUUUUGAAAUACUUGUAUAUAAUGUUAAUAAAGACUAAUUUAUAUACUGUCCAUCUUCCUGUCACUUGUAUUAUAUGACUUGUAAUGAGCAAUGGUAAUCCUACAUUAUAGCACUUGAUUUUAACACGCUAUCCUAUAUUUAAAUUUGUAUCUAUUGUAUCUGGAAGGAACCUGGAGAACCUUUAUUCCUUUGUAUAGGGAUGUUAUUGAGAUAAGUAGCUGAAUAAAAAUGGUACAUUACACACA